AGCUCUCGCCUUCUUCACAGUCGUGUUUGAAGUUUCUUGAGUCUUUGCAUAUUCACUGUAGCGCAGCGAAAGCCGCCUCUUUGUGGUUGUUGUUGUUUAUUGCUGUGUGUAUGAGUUUGUCUUUGCAUCUAUCUGGGAGUUCGCCCUCCACCGGUGUCCCCCCGAUUCGACGAUGCCAACAUCAUCACCGACAACACCACCUCCGCACCCCGCCCUCGUCUCCUUGCACGGCGCGGUGGAUGCGGUGCGCCACCUUGAAGGAUGUCUCACCUUCCCCUUGAACGUGAAUGACGCACCGAGCGCCGCACCACUGUCUGCCACCUCUCCUCCUCGACCGACCGCAUUCCUCUUAGCAGAUGCGUACGAGCACGACUGGGAAGCGCUCACGAAGCAGCUGCGACGCUUGGUCGAUCAGACACACCCUGACAGCGAGCGACCGGCCUCCGAGGCUGGUGACACGCACGUAUCGAAAACGAAGAGCAACAAAAAUAGCUUCGGAGACGGGCGCACGGUGUUGUUGGACUGGAACGCAAGCCAUCGCCCUCCCCCGAGCACCAACGCGUCUCCAGCAUUGUCAUCGUCACAGCAGCAGCACGAUAGCGGCGACGUGGAACUUUUGUUCUUCUUUCUGCAGCGUCUUGCGGAAUCGUUUCUGGCAGCCACUCACGUUGCUACGCCGUCUUCGAAGGACACCACAGCGAGCCGCACCCACACCGCCGUCCCCACCGCAACGCCUCCCGCCAAAACAAAAGCGCAGCUGCAAACAGAGGACAUCGUCGAGCCAAUUUUUGUUUACGGGUGCGCCGUGGCGUCGAACCUUGCGUCGCUGGUUGCUGGAAGAACGCGGAACAGGCAGCAGCCGAGUGAAAAAAGUGGCGGCGGGGUGCACGCGGCAGAUGGAACGGUAAGACUGACCACGACCGCCGCAUUGGACACCACACAAGAAGAGAGCCUUGUGGCGCUGGGCAACACCGUUUGGGCCUUCGCGAUCGCCGUGACCCGCCUCUACCGAACGGAGAAGCGCCUCCUGCACCUGCUGCUCUCUGCUCUUUCAAACAUGGCGUGCUGGCCGGCUCUGGAGGUCGAUGCGGACACCUGUGCUUUUAUUUACGAGCUAAUUUCGCCCUUUUACACUUCGUACUCGAUGGUGGCUGCGUGGGUGACGUUGCUGGUCAAUCUGACGGCGGUGCACGGCGCUGCGACGGUCCCAACGCUGCUGCAGCUAGGCGUGGUGGCCGACGUGGAGCGGCUGAGCCUUUCUGUUUCGCCGUCAGAGAGCGCUACAACCGAGCGUCUGGUCGUGCAUUCCCUCCAGCUGCUGUCGAACGUUGCGACGUACGUCUUCGCGGCCGAUUAG